CCGGACCCAAUACGCAAGUGAAUUCUCAGCCACCUUGUCAUGGAGCGUCCGCCUCAACAGCCCAGCGUUUCGCCGUCGGCGUUCCUCGAGAAAGAAAUGCCCAAGAUCUACGACCUAGUCAGGAUUCACAACCGGGAGUCCACAGGACAGCUAAUGAGAAGCUGGCAGUCAUCGUUAUUCUCCAACCCGAAAGAAGACGGCAAAUGCGACGAGCAGUAUCUGGAAAUCGGUUGCGGCCCGGGUAACUUCACGCGUAACUACCUGCUCCCGCUAUGCCCACCAUCAAUGAGGAGACUGGUGGCGGUGGACAACUCGCACUCGAUGAUCGACUACGCUAGGCGAGAACACGGCAACCCGAAGAUCGAGCACCGCAUGCUGGACAUUGCAGCCUACGAUGAGGUGUCACAGUUCAUCGAAACUGAAGGGCAGUUCGAUCGCGUCUAUUCCUUCCUGACGUUUCAUUGGAUACACGACAAAUGUGCCGCGCUGAGGAACGUCGAGCGCCUUAUGGGUGCAGGCGGGGAGUGCUUCAUCGUAUUUAAUCCUCAUCCUGGACCGCUACAGCUUUCCAAAGCAAUGAUGAAUUCGGAGCGAUGGAAGAAGUACACUGACGUGCUGAAGAGUGUUGCGCCCGGCUUUCCCGACACUCACGACCCAACGUACCUAAGGAACUACCUUAUCAACAUCGUGAAAUCAACCUCUCUCGUGCCGCUGUCAUGCGAGCUGGUGCGUGUGGAAGCCACCAGUGCAAGCAUGGACGACCUCUCGCGUUUAUUUUUGCCUAACAACCCUGUCUACUCGCUCCUGACCGAAGAAGGCAAAGCCGAGUUGGAGCACUUCGCCAAGGAACAGAUGAAGCACGGGCAUUGCUCCAACUAUUCAAGCACGGGUACAACUCGGGAGCUCAGAUUUGUCUUCCACGGAUAUAAGCCGUACAGUUCUCAGCGACCAUUUACAGGGUCCAGUUGAAAACUGAACCCUAAAUAUGCUUCAAGAGAUUCAAUAACAAAGGAAAUCACCUAGGAAGUGCUUUGGUGUAUGGAGUGUUACACGAGGCAGCUCAAUUUACAUUGUUCACUGUAAUUUCUGUUUACUGCUGCUGCGUUUCUAUUGUGUUUAGAAAAAAAUAAACGCA